CCUUCGAAUAACCUUCGAAUAACCGUCCCUUUUUGCCAGUUGAUAUAUAUAACAAGAUCCACGACAGUUGCAGUUCGACUAUCAUGGAGUCAGGUAGGACUGAUGAUGAAUUCCCGCAGUUCCUUCCAAGUGAUCUCAACAUAGGAGCUAUAGCAACUGUUAUGAGAGGACAGCUAGUCGGUGAGAGAAACACACCAAAAGCCAUAACAAUCCGCGAGCAUGGCGAAAAGAUCGAUAGCCUUGAGAAGGAGAUCAAAAAGAAGGAUGAUGAAAUCGUUGCCCUUCAGAAAGCUCUACAGACUCUUCAGGAGCAAAAUGACGAGCUUAAAAGCGCGCUUGACACAAAAGACGAAGAGAUUGGUACCCUAAAAUCGAGAAUCGACGAGCUGGAGGACGAGAAGACGGAGUUGCAAAGGGAGUUAGGAUCGGUGAAAACCGAUCUCGGCCUUGUGCAAAAGGAAGUUGAUAAGUUGAGAAAGGCGAAGUCAAGCCAGGAGCAAACUAAUUUGAAAUUGAAGCAAGAUCUCGAAGGGUUCCGGAGAACCUUGGAAACAGUGAAGGAAGAUCGGGAGAAGAAAAGAAAGGAGAGCGAAGAACUUAAGAAGGAACUGAGGAACAUCAAAGAAUCGCAACUCAAAGGACUUCUUCCUUUAAUGAGUGGUGCCAGAGCGCUUCCAAAUAAGCCCCUGCCAGCAAUACCGAAAACCAGCGGAGAAGCAUUGCUACACUUAGGCGAAAUGUGUCGUCAAAUACAAACCAAGCUUUAUCGGUUUGUAUUUCCCAGAAGUGUUAAAGAUGUCAAUUAUAAAGUUGAUGCCAUUCACCGCCAUUUAAGCAAGUUCCCAAACACCAAUGCUCAGAGGAAAUGGGAGUCGAUUCAGGAGACGUUUCACUGGGAUGAGACUCACGAAGAGGCAAUCACCUUACUACAAGAGACAAGAAACAUUGAAGCCCAUCCUGAGAUCUCCAAGGAUUCGCUUCAACGUGCCAUAAGCAUAACCGCUCAGUCAAACAACUUGGAAGACAACUGGCUGUCAACGAAGCUCUUACACGAACUGCUUAAAAUCUGGGAGACUGAUCUGUCCCAGUAAAGCAUUACUUUAUGUAAAAGAAUUGUGUAAUCGGAAGAAAUUACGUCUCCUUGAGAUGAGCACACAGGCCUCGAUAGUUAUGCAAGUCAUGUAGGUGAUUUUCCAAGCUAAUGUAAACUGAAUUGAUUUCGUAGAUUGUAUUAGGUGAGAAUUCGUCGUUUCAUGGUUAAGUCUACGAUAAUGGAGCUGAGCAUCAGGAUGACUAUUAUCAAUACUUUUCUUAUUUUUCUCCUUUAUACUUAAUGAAGUUAAAACCACAAAGGUCUGUCGACACAAGGACCCUUUCGCUUUUUAUUUCGAUGCUAUUGUUUGGAAUAAAUGUUUUGUUGCAAAACUUCAACUUAGGCCAAUUCCUGUUUCAAUUUCUGAGAAAUUUAGACUUUGUCUGCUAAUUUGGGUCAGUUCUUAAGGAAAGUGAAGUGUUGGAUUAGCUAGCAUAC